AUGGCACUGGUCGCGUACAGCGAGUCGUCGUCGUCGGACGAGGACGAGGCGCCAGCGAAGCGGCAGCGCGUGGCACCGCCGAUCGCAUGGACACGGACGUUUGCGCACGUGGAUGGCAACUGGCCGUCGUAUGUCUACUUUGCCGUGCCUCUGACGCCGGCCAUGGAAGCCAUGAAGACCUUCGCCAUGACCAUGACGGACGCUGCAUACCCCAAGCAUGCUCUCGGGCUCGUGCCACUCGACGAAAAACGGUCCAAGGUGCUACCAAAGGACAGCGAUGGCGAUGAGGAUCCGAGUUCGCUGCACUUGAGCCUCUCGCGCACGUUUGUGCUGCGCUACGAGCAAAUCGAGCCGUUCGUUCAGGCUUUGCGCAUCGCGCUCAAGUACCGCAAGCGGCAGCGCAUUGGGCUCCAAGGCCAUCGCAUCCUCAUCAACGACGAGAAGACGCGCCUGUUUGCAGCGACGCCCGUGGUCCGCGGCAAGCUCGAGAUAUGCCACAUCAUUGCGUGCGUCGAUCGCUGCAUGCGCCAGUUCGACCUCGCACCCUACUACAGCGACCCAAUACCGCACGUCAGCGUCGCCUCAACACCGAUCGUACCCUCGGUCGAUGCCAAGGUGGAGAUGGAGAUGGCCCCGCCACCGAUGGUGCUCGUCGACUGUGACGCUGUCGCCGUCACGAUUGGCAACAAGCAAUUUCACAUUCCGCUCUUAUCCUAA